AUGGUCCUUCUGGAGCAGGUUUGUCUUGAACUGCAAUCAGAUAUUUCGCAAAACUUUUCCAUCAAAUAUUAUUUUCGUGCCUUGAAAAAAUUAAUUUUUUUCUAUUCCAAGAAUAUGCUUUACGACAAAAAAACCACAUUCAAAAGACGAAAAACCAUAACUUUUUAUUUCCUUUUUAAAAAAAUUUAUUUUGCCUGAGUAAAAAAACUAGAAAUAAAAAAAUAGUUUGCAAAACAGAAAUUCGCUUGCAAAAAGAUGCUUUAUCGCGUUUUCCUCCAUGUAAGAAAUAUAUUUUCCAAAAAAUAAGCGUUUGCACUAGUGGAAUGCACAUGAAAGCUUCAGCAUUGCCAGAUCUCCAUGAACUCUAUCAACUUCAACUAAAAUCUAAACAUUAUUUAUAAGUUGGCUUAAAACAUACUUUGAGUUAACGCUCAAGAAAAAAAAAGCUGAAUCUGAUUCAUAAAUUCGCUAGAAAGUUUUUUUGAAUGGCUGUCAAUCAAACCUUCACAGCCAUUCGCGCAAACAGUUCUUUAAAAAAUAUUUUCUCUUGCGAAAAAGGAGUUUUCGCCUUUUGAACUCAAAUUUUGCGCAAAACGUGAAUUUUCAAGGAGUCGUUUCCUGGAGGACUAUCCUGCACGGUGAAGGACGCAAAAGGCUUCCUUUGGGACAUGGGGGGCCAUAUCACCUUCAAUCACAACUAUCCGUACUACGAGAAGGCGACCAAGUGGGCCGUCGACGAAUGGAACGAUCUCGCCAGAAACUGCAUGGUCGACAUGAACUACCUCUACGGCAAGCCUGGAAUCCAUCUGGUUUCUCCUUUUCCGUUACUUUUCAUCUGUCAAUCUAGGUGCCGUACCCAGCACAGUUCGCUGUGCCUCUUUUUCCUGAGAAAGUCAAGAACUCGUGCCUCAAAGACUUGAAAGAGCGCUACGAAAAGGUUUUUAUAUCUAUCAAACUGAUCAGCGAGAAUUUUCAGGCGCCAGAGGGAAAUCCGGAAAACUUUGAAGACUGGGUCCUGCAACACUUCGGACCGACUAUACUGGAAAAGUUCUUCAAGCCAUAUACAAAAAAAGUGAGUCUUAUAUUAAAGUUCAAAACAGUGAUUCUGAAACAGGUCUGGACUGUUGAACCUCUGAAAAUGUCGCCUAACUGGGUAGGCACUCGCGUGGCUAAGCUGCCUCAGGAAAAACUCGAAGAGCUUUGUGCCAUGGAUCAAGAAGAACUUGCGGUUUGUUGAAAAAAAAGAGUGCAUUGAUAAAAAAGUGUCCAGAAUGCCGAUUUCGGCUGGGGACCCAACUCUUUCUUCACGUUUCCAAAGUACGGAGGAACUGGAAAUGUUUGGUCAUCGAUGGCUAAAAAGUUGCCGAAUCAGUGGUUCCAUUACAACUCUAAGGUAUUUUUUGGAAGAAAGUUUUAUUUCGAAAAAAAACUGAGUAAUAUAUGUAAGAUGUAACUAAUUAGGCAAUAUAAGUGUUGAGUUAACUACAGAUUAGAUUUUUAACGAACUGGAAGCGUUUGGUAUAACAAUUGUAAUAUUUUGCGGUAAAAAUCUGAAUGAAAGUUCUUUAAUUGUAUAGAAUUUCUAAAACACAUUGCAGAGAGUUAAGUUUUUUCGCUAAAAAUUUUGAGCUUGGUAUCUAUCAAAAAAAAGCGUUCAGGUCUUGGCAGUCAAUCACCGACAAAAAACGGUCGAAUAUUUGGAUGGGGAGGAGACAAAAAGCCUUCAAUACGACGUUCUGCUGAACACCUCUCCUAUUGAUCAGUUGGUCAAAAACACGCAGAUUACCGCACCUCUGGACAUUGUUCACAACAAAGUGAAUUCGAGUAGAAGAAUCUGUGAACUCUGAUACUUUAAGGUGUUCAUUGUCGGCGUUGGGCUCAAGAAACCGAUGACGCCGUUCUUGGAAAAGUUCACCUGGCUGUACUUUCCCGACAAGAACGUCCCAUUCUUCCGCGUCACCAUUCUUAGUCGUUAUGGAGAAGUUUAAAAAUUGUUUCCAGUUCAUUUCCAAAAUGUUCUGCUCUCCAGGUGACUCCCGACAGCGAAAAGUACUGGUCGGUGAUGUGCGAAUGUGCCAGGCCAAUCGAUGAUCCGGUACUUAACUCAACUUUGAAGCCAUGAAAUUGGAAGAGUUCAGAUCACGGAAGAAGAAAUGGUUCAAGAAACUUUGAAUGGCUUGGUUCUGAAAGAUAUGAUUACGAGGGAAGCCAUCGAAUCGGUCUUCUCUAUAACUUUACCUUAUGGAUACCCUAUCCCGACUCCAAAUGUAACAUCUCUUUCCCUUUAGAGAAAAUUUCAUGUAAAAUGCAGCGAGAUCGGGAGUUGGCGCGAGCUCACGCCGAACUGGAAAAGGCGUCGAUAUACUCAAGAGGACGCUUUGGUGGCUGGAAGUACGAGGCGUCCAAUCAAGACCACUGCUUCAUUCAAGGUAGGCAGUCAUUUGCGAAGUUCUCCAAAAAACUGGAGUUCAGGCAAGGAGUUCAUCGACAGGAUGGUGCUCGGCGAGCCCGAGAAGCUUUACAAAACGGGUAUCAGCGUCAUGCCUCGUGGUUAAAAUUAUUUAAAAACGAUCUUAAUUUUUUUGAUUCGAGUGUAUUCCUGAAUUCCUGUUCUACUAUGGUGCUGUUAAAUUAUAGUCCAUUCACACGAUUAAUGUGUCAUUAUUUUUUUGACUCGUAAAUGAAAAAAAUUUUAAAAAAUGAGCCAUGAUUAAAAAUGGCAGAUAGGCCAAACAUUUAGAGUUCCAUUAAAUUCUUAUAUUUCUUUUUUUGAAACUUCUGUAUAGUAGAUAAUCGUAGCUUUCUUCUUCUUUUUCAUCUUUUUCACUAUAUCUUCUUCUAUUCGCUGUAUCAAACUGAGAUAAAUUUUUUUAAUAAUCAUAUAAAUCUCAUUACUUCAUUUUCUUGAAAAAGUGUACAAGCUAAAAAAAUUUCGAAACUCUGAGCAACGAAAGUGUGCUCGGUCGACUAAUUUUCCUUAAAUCUGAUCCUUAUGGAAAAAAAAUGUGUAGUAUGAAAUGAACUCACAAUGUUCCGGACGAUCCCAAUUGUGGUCAAGAGGACGACAGGAAGGAGGUCGACGACCUUCUCAGUGUUGCCGAAAACCGCAUAAACGUCAACCUCCAAACGGCCAAUCUGCCAUUCACUUGCGCGUCAACCUCACUCUUUGAACUUUCCCAUGCCGGUAGAAAAGCUUCUGCCCUGAAUAGAUCUCCUUGAGGACAAAUAAUUAUAAAAGUUUAACUUAAACGAUGCAUUUUUUUUCAGCAUUCUGAUAGAGAAACUCCAGAUUUGGGCAAUUUCCUUUUAAGUACAAAAGUGACUUCCCAAAGUUUUUUUUUCCGAGUAUAGCAACCACCUUCGUCAAUUCCAUAAAAAAACUUUGAAAAAAAUAUUUUCUACGAAAAAAAUAAAUGAACUUUUGGAUGUAAUGAAUUUGAAAAAUUUUAGGAAGACAAACCAUGAAGCUUUUUUCUUGGACUUCGCCGAAAAUUAAAUUCGGAAGGAGUUUAUGAAACUUUAAAAAGCUUGUGAAAUCUCAAGCGUUUUUUUUGCUUUGAGAACAUUUUGAAACGGUUCUUUCCUUUUCAAAUGGCUAUCCAGUUUGACUGAAGAGUCAUAGGAAUCAUAAUAGGAAGGGCUAAAGCUCAGCGCAAAGCCUUUUCGGUCGAAGAACCGGCGUGGGAACAAGAUUGCGACAAGCUUCUCACCAAGCGGCUCAAAAGUGGCUAUUAACGUGUCCGUCGCGCUCUUUUUCCGUUCAAGAACUUCACUCCGUUUAAGAUCUACGACCAAAACGUCUCUUCAUUCGCCGGUUUUAUUGCUGGAUUGAAAAAAAUAAUCUAGUUAAAGUAACCAUUCGAUUACCGCAAAACCUUGUAGAAAAAGUGCAUAUCCACGUAUUUACAGUAUUUUCUCAAAGUAAAUAGAUUGCAGAUCCAUCCUUACCUUACAGCCCUAUCAUUGUCCAUAACUUUUAAACUUUUUUUUUCUUAUCAAAGUUAAACCUUAUCGUCGACUUUGGCUUUCUUGCUUUUUCUCUUUACUCCUCAUUUCCACUUCGUUGUUAUAAAUUGUUUUUUUUUCUCCUGUUUUGUUUCCAGACCCUCACUACACAAUUCCUAUGGUUCAUUCAAUUUUUUAUGUAAACGAAUCCGCCAUUACUCUGGUUCUUUCUUACAACAAAGGUCUUCCUGAGCUUGAGCAGUUUUUCCAAUCCGUACAACACCUGGGAAAUUACGCUUCAAAAGAAAAAAAUUACACCGUUUCUUGAUAAAUUUAAAUCUUUAUUUUAUAAAACAAGAAAAUUAUUUAAGUUAUAGUUCAACUACUGCCAUUAAAUGAAACUUUCAGGAUUUUUUCCACUAAUCAGCAAGUGAUUGAGCGUUUUUUCAUUAAUUAGAGCAGGUAAUAAUUUUACUCUCUAUCGAUUUGGAUUGAAUCCAAAAACAACAGAAAAGGAGAACUUUUAGAAGUAAUUAAUAUCUCGACCUACAAUACCCUGCAAAUAACUACUGAGAUUCCAAGUAGUUGAUCCUGAAUAUGAGCAAAAGAAUAUUUCAAAAAGGCGAAGUUUUCUUUAACUAACUGCUUCAUUUGUUCCAAGAGAUCUGUUGAUAGAGUUUAUGAUGCUCAAAUAGGAUUUAAAAUUCUUCGGGGUGCUUUAGUUUGGAGCCACAAGCCCUGGGAACGCGUCAGAUAGAAGAAGAAGAAGCUCAACUUGGAAGGAUAAGCGAGACUGAGAAGGUCAGCGAUCCUCGUGACCUCAACCAGCGUCGGCUGCCGCGAAACAAUACAGACCUGCACUUGGGCGUGCGAACGGCCGCGAGGUGCGAGAUUUCCUUACAAGUAGCCCUCGCCGAUGCCCAUUUUCCUGACGCCAAUCCUUCUUCUCCGGCCGUCCUUCGAAUCCGUAAAUACCUGAGAAGGCAGCCGUCACCGACCUUUUAUCCACUUGAGAUCCGCCUCCUAUUCAGCUCGUCUACUCGCUGA